GCCCUGCGGGUAUCAUGGCGAACUUACGGUUUCCGACUUGCUGGGAUGGCGUCAACUUAGACUCUCCCGACCACGCCAGCCACGUCUCGUAUCCCGAAAGUGGCACAUUCGAAGAAGGGGGCCCGUGUCCGUCGACGCACCCCGUCAAGAUCCCCCAACUCUUUUACGAAAUCGUCUGGGACACGACUCCUUUCAACGACAAGUCCGAGUGGCCUGAGGACGGUUCGCAGCCGUUCGUAUGGAGUUACGGCGAUGCCACGGGCUUCGGUAAUCAUGGUGAUUACAUGUUCGGUUGGAAGGGCGACGCGUUGCAAAUCGCGAUGGACACGAACUGUAAUGGCUUCAAGUGCCCAGAAUUGCAAUACCAAGAGAUCAAAGAGGGCAAUAAAUGCUCAGUAAAGCCAGUGGUAGAUGAAGAUAUUGAUGGGUGGCUCACGGAGCUUCCCGGCGGCAUGCCAGUCACCGACGCCAGUGGGAAGCCUAUUUACUAA